UCAUCCUUAACAACCCGUUGUUUUGGUUAGCUCAAUCCCUUUAAUUCAUUGCCAAUAUCAUAUUAAUUGUCACUAUUUUAUGUUGAUAUUUGUUGUUAUUUUAAAUUUGUUAGCUUUUUUUUAACCAUGACAUCACUUUCUAUUUUAAGGCCUUGUUGGAUGACGCUAAAUCGCCCAGUUUUUGGACAAAACUCUGUUUAUAUUUUAAGGAGAUUCUCUGAUGAUAAAGACGAUCGUUUCAGAAAAAUUUCAAGUAAAUUUGAUGAUGGCUUGUUUCACAUGAAAUAUGAAGAUAAACAGUUAGUCCUUUCAUAUUGGACUCCCUUACGCCAAGUGAUCAAAUGCUUUGUCAAAGAUGAUGAUGACAGAAAAGAAAUUAAAUUGCUCGAUGGCAAGCAAAAAGUUAAAAUUGACGAAUCUACUCCUUUAGGAACAGCAUUCCAGGCCAAUGAAAAGAUAUUAAUGCAAUCCAAAAAGAAAUCUAUACUGUUGGAUUUUGAUGGAUCCCAAUCUGGUCUCAAGAAGUGGCUAUCAUCCACUGAGGUUGUUGAAAACGAACCAAUUGAUGAGCUUGAAAGAAAGAAGAAUGUCUUAUUGCAAAGCUAUGUUCCUAUGCUGCAAAAUUUCGAAAAAAUACUGAUAGAAUCUCAUAGUUCAUCGGCCAUACGAUUCAAAUGGAUUGGUUUAUUCCUUUUAUCCUCUCAACUUGGUUUUCUUGGAAGACUGAUCUGGUUUGAAUACUCAUGGGACAUCAUGGAACCGAUAACUUGGUGUGUCACAUACUCAGCAACAAUAUUGACUUUCAGCUAUUACGUAAUUACGUCGCAAGAAUAUCAAUAUCCACAAGCUGAAAAGCGAAUGGCGAUAAAACACUUUUGUGAAAAGCAUUCUAAAAAGCAAUUCGAUCUCAACUCAUUCACUCAACUUCAUCAACAAAUCAAGUUCCUUGAAAAGCAAAUCAAAGAAAAGAAAAAAAAGCAAUCAAAAACUGAAGCAAUCCCUAAGACUGAGGUAAUCCCCAAGACUGAAGCGAUCACUAUUUAAUUCAGUUUAAACAAGCAUUAACUUUUUGUGGCAACAAAUUUACAAUUUUCACAUUGAACUUGACGCAUCAAUCAUUAUGACAAAAAAUCGUGUGACUCUAAUAUCGUUAUUACUCGCAAUUAAGCUUACUGUGCAAUAUAUUGGAUCGCAAUUAUUCUUCAAUAUUCACUUAUUCAACUGAACAUGUUACAAAUUAUGAUCAGAAACUAAAAUCAUGCGGUUUGCCAUCUAAUAUUCAUCUUGUUAAUCAUCAAUUUAAAUGAAAUGGUGUUUGAGCCAUUCUAUCUCGUAAAUCUGUUGCUCAUGAAAUUGUCUAUUCAGUUCCCUAACUUAUAACUACUCGUUACAAUCUCACUUCCAUUUUUCGGGGUAAUUGAAUGUUAUCUCAAUCCUAAUUAUAUUAUAAAUUUCAUGAAUUAUUAUCGCCCUUAUUGCAUGUUUUCCAAAUCAGUAUUGAUUAAAAUUGAAAAUAAACAAAAA